AUUUUUUUGCAUUUGAACUUUUGACCUCGAAAAGAUGGCGUACGUUUUACAUGUGCAACCGGGAAUCUUGAGAGGCUGAAAACUGGUUGCCGUCGACAAGGAAAGUGGACAUUGUUUGAGACGACGAAAAAUUAGUUUUCGUUGUUGUCUUAAUCACUGGUCCUUCUGAAUAUUAUUAAACAUGCCAACAGUGAUAGCUCUAGAUGUGUCUUUAUCCAUGAGUAGACCUGUGACCGGAACAGAAUGUCCAGAAGAAUAUCAACGUCGAAACCUAGCCAUUCAUGGGAUCAAUACCCUACUAGAUUUCAUGUCUACAAACUGCAGACUUGAGUUAACUUCCUUGGUGGUCUUCUCAUACCUCUGGGAACAACUAGUGAGUUUUACACGAGAUUUUGAGUCUAUAAAGACGGCGCUGAACAAAGUAGAAGAGUACAAUGUCACAAGUAUAGAAUCGGCACUGACUGGUAUCAGUUCCGUGAUCAGUGAUCAAUGGAGCGCCAUCACUCCUUGUCAGGCUAUUUUGAUCACAGAUGGUUCAACAGGUGCUGGUCAGAGGUCACUACAAACCUUGUUACACAACUGGAGCAAACACGAAGGUAGUAAUGUUGAUGAGAAGUUUCCUCUUCCGUUUCCAUUUUCCUGUAAGCUGAAUGUGGUAAUCCUGGGAAAUCCUAAUGACGCUGAAGUGAAAAGCGCUAUUCCCAUGUUUGAAAAACUUUUAGAAAUCAAUGGACAAGGAGGGGAAGUAAUAGUGCCAGAAAAUUCUUUAGGUUUAAAAAGUGUGCAGACUUUGUUUGAACAAUUAGCUGAGCGCUGCUAUUCACCCUAUCAAGGGACAUUACAGUGUGGUCACUUCAAAUGUCCGGUUCAUAUGUACCCAGCACCAGACCCAUACAGAAAGAAUCACGAUUUUGAGGCGAUCGACAUAGAGAUUGCGGACACUUUGGACAUUCUCGGGUUUUUAGAUAUCGCUGAUGCUGCCAGUCCUCAAACACUCUCCAGACACCUGGUGUUUCCUAUUUCUUCAAAAGAAAACAAAACAGAUGAAGCCAGUAAGGAUGUGAAAACUGAAGAAGAUGAGGAGACAUCAGUAAGCCAUGACGAUGGAAAGAUUCCAGCCUUCACCGUGUUACUACAUGGCAGUCUGAAGGUCGAGGGCAUGGUGGCCCUUACAAAAGUCGGUCCUGACUGGUAUGGUCUCCUGUACUCCUGGGCAGACAGCAAGAAAAAAAGUAACCUCAUGCUUUCUCUGUUAGAACCAGGUCAGGAGCCCAUUAAUUGGCUUGGUGCAAUCAACAACCUGGCCCCAAUAUCCGAUUUCCCAGAUCCACCUUACGGAGAAGAUGACAACAAAACACCAUUUCCUGUACGACCUCAGGAUAAACGCAGCUACGCACAGAGCUGUGUUGUGUGGAUUAAACCAUCAGGGUUGCAGAGUGACCUACAGAAGGUACUAAGACAUGCCAGAAAACUUCCAGAAAAACAACAACAGUUUUAUAAGGAGCUAAACAGACUGCGGAGAGCAGCCUUGGGGUUCGGUUUCCAUGAAUUACUGGAAGGAAUGGCAACAAUGUUGGAGAGGGAGUGCACCAUGUUACCUGGAACAGCCCACCCUGAUGCAGCACUACAACUCACACAUGCAGCUAACGCCUUACGCAGCGAGACUGCCACAGACAUUGCACAGAUGGUCAUGCCUUUGCGGACUAAUUUCAGUCAGGAUGACUAGUUACAGAGUACUUUAUUCAACUAUAGGAAUGCCUAAAUUAACUGAAUCAAAUUGUGACGGUGACUAAUUGUCUAGAUUUAUCUCAGAACUAUGUGAAGCAGGAUGGGGGAUACAUGUUUAUGAUUUUAUCUCGUCAUUUUAUCACACUUUUAUCAAGCAGUCAUAUGUUUGAGCAGUUUUCAUGAAUGUAUCUGGACUUGCUCAAAUAUAGAUGUAAUUGGCCUAAGGUCACUGUUACCAAAAGUAGAAUUAUGUCGUCAUGCUAAGAGUUAUAUUUAGAUACUGACCAAUUGAGAUGAAACUUCACAGGUAUGCUAAUUGGAUUUGCCAUACAUUGUUUGAAGUUCAAAAAUCACUAUGGACAGUCAACAUAACUGUUACCAAGAAAGAUUUCACUGCAUUCUCCGAACUCUAGCAACUUUUUUAGAAAUAGCUGUUGGUAAAUUUUUCAAGCACUCCAAAGCCUGGUGCAUUUACUUUCCACAUUAUUGACUCAAUGUGGCUCUUGUCAAUAACCAAAACAAGCUGGUUAGGAUGGUAUUGUGAGCGUGGCUCACAUUCUCUAGUUUCAUGUAUUCACUCUGGUGUUGGGAGUCAGCAGAAACUAUACCUAUCAGGUAGUAUGUUUUAUUUCUACUGCACCAACACAUCAAAUAAUUGAUUUUGGUCUAAUGCCCUUAUCACAGCUAGUCAUAUGAGGGCAUGGCUGGAUUUGGUACAGGGAAAUGUUGUAAUGGUUAUGAGAGGUGGUCAACUUGUUAUUCUGUAGAUGUACAUGGAAUAAAGUUACCUGUAUUUUGUUA